CCCGCCGCCAGCCCUCCUUCCCGUCUCCUCUUCAGUUCCUUCUCCUCCACAACCACAAAGAACGUCUCGCCGUCGUCGAGUUCAAGAACAGGGAGGAGAGAGAACAACGGGGAGAAGAGUUCCAGAGUCCUCCGGGAACGCGGCGAUGGCGUCGAGGAGGCAAGCCGCCGCCGCCGCCAGCGAUGCUCUUGCUCAAGAACACAAGGGCGAUGCCAAGCCUGUCAGGAGACCGAAGGCCGCGGCUGGCCAACAACCAGCAGCGAGACCCCGUCCAGCCCUUAUCGAUCUCAGUAAUCGGAUGAGUAGCCGGGCUGCUCUGGCUGUUCCAAAUCGUCCCAAGGCAGUAGCUGUUGCAGCGGUUGACAAUUGUAGGAAAGCAAUAAAGAAGCAGAAGGAGAACAACAGAGUGAAGCCCGAAGUGAUCGUGAUAAGCUCAGACUCCGAGAAUGAAAAGAAAAAUCCAGGCAAGAGAGCCACCUCCUGGAGGGCGCCGCCGCUUACCGCAAUUCUAACCAAAUGCAGCAGGGAAUCUGAUGGGGUGAUCUCCAGCACGAAGAAGGUCUCGGCGACAUACAACAUCGAUAAAGCUGAUGCUCACAAUGAGCUCGCAGUGGUAGAUUACGUUGAAGACAUUUACAGGUUCUACAAGAGCACUGAGGGAAGCUCACGACCUCUCUGCACCUACAUGAGCUCACAGACUGAUAUCAAUGAGAGGAUGCGAGCUAUUCUGAUUGAUUGGCUCAUCGAAGUGCACCACAGGCUUAUGCUUAUGCCAGAGACUUUAUAUCUCACGGUCUACAUCAUUGAUCAGUACUUAUCCAUGGAGAAUGUGCUGAGAAAGGAGCUCCAGCUCGUUGGCGUAAGCGCCAUGCUUAUAUCAUGCAAGUAUGAAGAAAUAUGGGCUCCACUGGUUAAGGAGCUUUUGGUCCUAUCAGACAAUGCAUUUAGCAGGGAGCAGGUCCUAAGCACGGAGAAGUCCAUACUAAACAAGCUCCAGUGGAACUUAACAGUUCCGACGGUGUAUGUGUUCCUCCUUCGAUAUGCGAAAGCUGCGAUGGGCGACAAGGAGCUGGAGAACAUGGCAUUUUUUUAUGCUGAGCUCGCACUGGUGGACUACUCGAUGCUCGUGUACUCGCCAUCCGUGACUGCGGCAGCGGCUGUGUACACUGCUCGGUGCACCCUGAACAUGAGUCCGGGAUGGAGCGACAUCCUGGAGCACCACACCGGCUUAGGCGAGUCGCAGUUGAUGCAGUGCGCAAGGCGACUGGCAAGCCUGCACUCGACGGCAGCGGGGAGCAGCAAGCAGAAGGUGGUCUACAACAAGUACGCAAAUCCCAAGCUUGGGGCCGUGUCGCUCUACUCACCGGCCAAGAGACUAGCCAUCUGAGCGCUUGUUUGCUCGUAUCAUCUCUUCUACAUUACCAUUUGAUGGAUAAUGUAUGUAUAGCCACACAGUAUGUUCAUAUUGGGAGACAAUGAAACUUUUGCUCUGCCCUCCUAUUAGUACAUUUUCGUUUUUAUAUAUACCACUUGACUUGGUAUUUUCGUUUUUAGUGCUAAUUUUGGUUGAUAAAA